AUGUCUCGUGGAACCGGACCCAUCCCCAAUCGGUGGUUGCACUGUCCACGGAAGUCGAACAAUUUGAUCGGGGACCGUUUUCUGGCUUUCAAGACACCACUGAAGCGUGAGUUCCAGUCCCAGAUGCCCGUGCAAUGCACCUUCACGCCAUCGAUGCUGUUCGAUCUGAUGAAACGACACAACCAGCGCAUUGGCCUCUGGAUCGAUCUAACCAACACGACCCGGUUCUACGACAAGCACGAGAUCGAAGACUCCGGCAGCCGGUACAUCAAGCUGCAGUGCCGCGGUCACGGUGAGACGCCAUCGCUCGAGCAGGCAAAAGCGUUCAUCGAAAUCGUGGAGGAGUUUAUCCUGGAGCAUCCUCUCGAUCCUAUCGGUGUGCACUGUACGCACGGGUUCAACCGGACGGGGUUCUUGAUCGUAUCGUACAUGGUCGAGCGCCUGGAUUGGUCCGUUGAUGCGGCUCUGAUGGAAUUCGCAAAGUCCCGUCCACCCGGCAUCUACAAGGAUGACUACAUUAAGGAGCUGUUCCGUCGCUACGGAGACGAAGAGGACGCCCCGCCACCUCCGGAACUGCCAGCUUGGUGUCUCGAGUACGACGACGGUGACGGAGCGUCGGCCGCGAUUGAACAGGGCUCGGCCAAGGCUACGAAACGGCUUGCGAUCGAUGGGGAAGCGGAUGGCGAGAACGGUAGUAAAGCUGGAGCCCCGAAACGACGUAAGCGACUUUCGUACAAUCCAAACGCAGUGUUCAUGGAAGGAGUUCCUAACGUUACGCUGGUGAAGGACGAGUCCUUGAUCGUAAAGUUACAGGACCGCGUACGGGCGAUGUGUUGCACUACGCUGCAGGGCUUCCCAGGCGCUCAGCCAGUGUCUAUGGAUAUCCGGAACAUCCGCUACCUUACGCAGUUCCCGUAUCGGGUGUCCUGGAAGGCGGACGGGACGCGCUACAUGAUGCUGAUCCAGCGCGAGGGUGAAGUGUACUUCUUCGAUCGUGACAACUCCGUGUUUGAAGUACAAGGUGUCCGAUUCCCUACGCUAGCUGACCCGAACAAGCACAUCACGGACACGCUCGUCGACGGCGAGAUGGUGAUCGACAAGUACCGGGACAAGCACGUACCUCGCUUUCUCGUGUACGACGUGAUCUGCUUCCAGAACCGCGACGUGCGCAAGCUGCCGUUCUUCCCGAAGCGACUCGGUCUGAUUGAGCAGGAGCUGAUUCAGGCACGCACGAACGCCAUACACAGGAGAAUGCUUGACCGGGAUAGCGAGCCGUUCGGCGUGCGGUUGAAACAGUUCUGGAACAUCACGCAAUCGAAGGCGCUGCUCGGGCCAAAGUUCACCGAGGGUCUUGGCCACGAACCGGACGGGCUCAUCUUCCAGCCGUCCCUCGAGCCGUACAUAUCGGGCGUGUGCCCGCACGUGCUCAAGUGGAAACCGCACAACAUGAACUCGAUCGAUUUCCGGCUGAUGAUCGCGGACGAGCGAAAGCCGGGCCACGUGAAUCUAAAGAAGGGGCUGCUGUACGUCGGUGGGAUGGAGCACCAUUACGCCGAAAUCAAGCUGACGAAGGAGCUGCGCAAGCUGCACACCAAAAUCAUCGAGUGCAAGUUCGUCGGCAACGCGUGGGUGCUGAUGCGCGAACGCACGGACAAAUCCUUCCCGAACAGCUACGAGACGGCGACGAACGUGUGGGAGAGCAUCCGUAAUCCCGUCACCGAGGAUCACCUGCUGGCGCUGAUAAAUAAGGAGGGUUUCCGUUCCGAUACGGAACUGAUGCCACCACCGCACUCUCAUUGAACUGUCGGAAAUGGGAUAGGGACGAUUGGAGCAAAUAGGACACCGGCGUUUGAUUACACACAGCUGAUCGAGGAUUUUCCCGAACGACGGUGAAAAACGGUGCGUACGACGGUGACGACGAAAGAGCUAGCCUGCCGAGGCUAUGAUCUUUCUAUUAUCAGUUUAAUUUUUUUUAAAGCUACUCCGAUGGCAACAUGUGUGUUAUCGAUUAGCAAGGAGUUUGCUUUUGAUACGCGUGUGACACGUCCCAUUUUCUUACCCCGGCAAUGAUGAUCAAUUACGCCGCAACAAUAUAUCGUUUGGUUGGAAACGAUUGCGCGUUAGAGUAGGAAUCAGGGAAUCUUCUUUUUAUCGUCCUGUACCGGCGGGUUGUUCGUUUUUGGACAGGCACUAAUGUGUAUAGUAUUGUACAGCUAGGCAGUCGGAAACACCACGAAAUGCGCAGUAUGUCGGCAAAGCGGCGCGCUGGUGCAUGAUUUGCAUUGAAGCGGAGAAUGCAUAUCCCUUUGUACGUAUCGUUGGAAAGGAAAUUAUCAUUUGCGUGAAGAUUCGUACACACUCAACGUUCGUUCGCGCGAAGUAUGCGGUCGUAAUGAAUAAUUAACGAAAAAGUGGUUAAAUAAUCAGAUACAUAAUAAAGAAAGACAUCUGUUAAUGGGUUAGAACCCGA